GUUUUCAAAUUUCUCUUACGUUUGUUUGUCGUACUUUCCCUGUUCGGGGGUUUAAUUUCUUUUUAACCUUAUUUUUUAUAUACACAGAUAACGAAUCCAACUUUGGACUCAAACUUGAAUCCUGGUGAUGUCAACUACCACUCUUCUAUACGUACUAUGUCUAGCCGCCACAAUAAUUUUCAACAUAGCGGGUAACUCUCUGGUGUGCUUAGUGAUAUUGAAGAAAAAAGCACUGAAAACCUCGAUCAACCGGCUUCUUUUCCACCUGGCCAUCGCUGAUUUACUGGUCGCUGUCUUCUUCAUUCCACCUUGCAUUCUGAGCCACUUUAUCGAGCAACCCGGCGGCGUUAUUGGAGACUUGCUUUGCAAGUUCAUUUUCGGCGGGUCUCUGGGUUGGGCGUCGGCUUCAGCCUCAAGCUUUCUUCUGGUGGUGAUAGCAUUUGAGCGUUAUAACGCCACCUUACAUCCAUUUGAAAAGCUUGGACGUAGCCAAUCACCGUGGUUGCUGCCAUCCCUAUGGAUCGUCGCCAUCUUGUUGAUAAUGCCUGGUCUCGUAGUAUCGGCCUACGAUACAGAAAGUCAAGGUUGCAUCCAGAACUAUCCAAAUUAUGCAACGGAUCUAACAUAUUCACUUGCUUGGACAUUUGCCAAUUCAGUGUUGCCCAUAUGCAUCAUGGGAUACCUGUAUACGCGGAUUAUUUUGCGUCUGCGCAGCCGUGUCCAGGUGCCAGGUUCCUCAGCAAACGUCAUGUCACAUUCCAGAACCAAGGUUACUAAGAUGCUCAUUUCAGUCUUCAUCAUCUUUGUCCUGUGUUGGAUCCCUGCCGCCAUGCUUUGCAUGCUGAGUCCCGUGAUUCCUGGCGGGCAAUUUGCUACAAUUCACCUCGUCACCACAGCAAGCGCGCUGUUGAAUUCUAGCAUCAAUCCACUGGUGUACACGCUUCAUAGUCAACAGUUCAGGAAGAAUCUCGCAUCACUCGUAUGUUGCCAGAAAAUGAAAUAAUCGCCACUCCAGUAGCUAAUCAGAUACUUGCUGAUCAUGAUGAGCUUAAACCUUUAGAGUCCUGUUUGCAAAUCUAAAAUGAUGAUCGGCUUCAAGAGAAGAUGAAAGGUAUAAGAAAUUUAAUCCCCCCUAUAAGCCUUGCUCCCACGAUAAUCUCUCUCAAGUUAUUUUUAGAGGUGGUACCCAGUUCUUCCGCAGAUAAUGUUGGUACGCGCGUUACGUGAAUGUUUUCGUGAAGGAUAAAGUGCGUGUAAAGCCGUUUGAGAAUUGGCUCUAACCAGAUCCUCCAGUUCCUACCGGCAUUUCCCAAACGGUGAGUGAUGCGGGAUUAACUCUCUCACACUCCAUUCUAUCUUGUUGCCUUAUAAUGUGAACAGUUCGUUUGUUAGGUUUUCAGUUAGUUUAAUGUUCCGUCAGUUAAAGGAGCUACGUCAUGGUUUGAGCUAUCUUAAAAAGCUUAGGCUAAAUUU